UUUAAAUAUCGAGAAUGUUAGGAGAUCGAACCGGAAUAAAACCGGUAAUGAAACUGAAACAGGAAGUGACAAAAAUCAGCUUUCAGAUCAUCGACAUGAGGAGGAGGUUCUGACCUGCAGAACCGAACCGGUUCUGAUGUGUGGGAACCUGAUCCAGAAAGUCACGUGUUUCCAGGAGAGUCCUGGAGGUUCUGGUUUGAGCUUCAGUCCUGAAGCGUCUCUGGUUCUUCAGAACCGCCUGUUGGAGAUCCAUCUGAAGGAUCAGAUUGAUUUGGGUUUGAGUCCGAUCCCCGCUGAUGCUGCAGGAUCAGAACCGAUCUUGGGUUUUCACCUGUUCAGGUGGAGCAGCGAGCUGAAGUCCGUCAGAACUUUUCAGUUCCUUAAAGCCUUCAUUGGUUCUGUUGGUUCCUGUUUCAGAAGCAGAUCCGAUCAGACUGAACCGUUGCUUUCAGAUCAGGUUCUGUUUCGGAUCUCCAGAAUACGGAACAUUCCUGGGAUUUGGGUUCUUGUUUCACUACGUUCAGUGACUGACACACGUCAGUGUGGGCGGGGCCAGAAACACCUGUGUGAGGGCAGCAGGUCUGGGUCUGACAGACUGGACUCCGUCCAGAACCGUCACUUGGGUUCUGGGUUCCAGUCUGUGUCUGAGCGCCUGCGUCUGUCAGCAGAACCGGACUCACCGGACCGCUCAGAGCCUCGCCUGCUGCGUGUCAGAGAGAGGUUAAAGUCCUCUGAUUGGCUGCAGCAGCUGACAGGGGGCGGAGCCUGUCAGACACCUGUUUAUGAGGCUUUGAUAAAACUCAACGAUCAGCUGUUUCUGUCAGAACAGAUUCAGUUUUAUUUUAGAAUCACGGCUGUGAAACAAAGAAAAACCGGUGGAGUUAAACCGUUUCAGCCGCUUCACCUCGUACGUCAUCCAGAGAAAACGCCGUUUCAGCCAGAAGAAGUCACCAUUUUUCUGUAUUAUGGUCGCCGCUAUGUUGGAGCCAGACGAAUGCGAUUGGUUGGAGUCAGUCUGAGUCGUGGUAACUACAGUCACCAAUCAGGGUGAGCUUGUUGGAAGGCCACACCCCUUUCACUGAAAUCCAGUUUGGAGAAUCUGUCAAUCAAGCCUUCUUGUGGGGACCACAUGCUUUUACUGAGGCUUCUGAUUGUUACUUCCUGUUUGGAACUCCGGGGGCGGGGUCUAUCAGUCCAGUCUGAUCUGCCCCCCCAGGCCUUCAUCAGAGGAUGGCGCUCCAACAUGAUGUCAUCAGCGAGACUCCGCCUUUCUUCUCCCCCUGCUGAGGAGGGCCUGACCCCCCCUCAGUGACGGUCGGCUCUCAGCUGUAAGCCGCGCUCGGUCCCCUUCGUCUCCAUGACAUCACAGCGUGCCGUUGCCAUGGAGCUGUUCACUGGCUGACGGCGGCGGGGGAGGGAGCAGGACCGUCCGUCGGACAUGUCAGAGCGUCCCGGCUGCAGGUCUGGAUCCGGACUCCCGCGGCCCAGCGCCGUGCGGCCCAUCAGGCCCGAGGCGCUGGUGGCGCUGCUGGAGGCGGGCCCGGACCGCGUGGUUCUGAUCGACAGCCGGCCCUUUGUGGACUUCAACGCCGCGCACAUCCUGGACGCCGUCAAUGUGAACUGCUCCAAGCUGAUGAAGAGGAGGCUGCAGCAGGACAAGGUCCAGAUCACGGAGCUGCUGCAGCACUCGGCCAAGAAGGAGCUGGACCUGCAGGAGGUUCAAGAGGUGGUGGUCUACGAUCAGAGCUCGUCAGACCCGGCUGCUCUCGGGUCCGACUGUUUCCUCAAUGUCCUGCUGCUCAAACUGGAGAGGAACUUCACAGCAGUGCACCUGCUGUCAGGGGGGUUCUCCACCUUCUCUCACCUGUUUCCUGGUCUGUGUGAGGGGAGGUCUGCGCUGGUGCCCUCCUGCGUCUCCCAGCCCUGCCUCCCCAUCAGCAGCUCUGGUCCCACCCGCAUCCUCCCUCACCUGUACCUGGGCUGCCAGAGGGACGUCCUCAACAUGGACCUGAUGCAGGAGAACGACAUCGCCUACGUCCUGAACGCCAGCAACACCUGUCCCAAGCCGGACUUCAUUCCAGAAUCCCACUUCCUGCGCGUUCCUGUCAACGACUCCUUCUGCGAGAAGAUCCUGCCGUGGCUGGACCGCUCCGUGGAGUUCAUCGAGAAGGCCAAGGCCUCCAACGCCCGGGUUCUGGUCCACUGCCUGGCAGGAAUUUCCCGCUCCGCCACCAUUGCCAUCGCCUACAUCAUGAAGAGGAUGGACAUGUCUCUGGACGAGGCGUACAGGUUCGUGAAGGACAAACGUCCCACCAUCUCCCCGAACUUCAACUUCCUGGGUCAGCUGCUGGACUUUGAGAAGAAGAUCAAAGUUCCCGUCGGUUCUGACGGCAGACUUAAGCCCCUCCCACUCUCCACGCCUGGUGGCGGGACGCCAGCUCAUCUGACGGAGGUGGAACCCCUGGCCCAGCUGGACGCCCUCGAGGGCCCCGCCCCGCUGGAGGUGGAGCCCUGUGUUCUGGCCGACGCCCCCUUGGAUCUGGUUGAGGCUGUGGGGGGGCUGCAGCUGGACGAGGACAACGCCCGGCUGAAGCGCUCCUUUUCUCUGGACAUCAGGUCGUACGGCGAGCACUCAGGCUCCGCCCCUGCCGCGCCGGGGCCCCAUGGUGGCCCCGCUGAAGACUUCUACAAGGCGCCUCCUUUCAAGGAGUCGGGCGGGAAGCUGUGCCAGUUCUCCCCGGUGGAGGAGGUGUCGGAGCAGUCCACGCCGGAGCAGAGCCCGGACAAGGAGGCGGCGGGCGGCGUGGAGCGAGCAGCCCCGCCCUCCAGCUUCAGCAAACCUCCCCCGGCGGCCCCCCCCUGCCCACGCCAGCUGCAGCGCAGCGGCAGCAUGGAGGAGAGCGGCGCCAGCUUCCUGUGGGGUGUGUCCUGCAGCCAGCAGCACGUGGCGCGGCCGCGCUCCGGCGCCGCCCUGAAGGGCUGGCACUCCGACAUCCUGCUGGGGCCCGUCGCCGUCUCCACGUCCUCGCUGGCUGCCGGCUGGUUCCUGUCGGAGUCGCCGCACUUCUUCUCCGCUUCGACCGCCCUCGGUGGCGGCGGCCUGUCGCCGUACGGCUGCGGCCCCGGCCUGGAGGCUGUGCGGCGCCGCGGCCGGCAGCGUGCAGCGGACCGCGGCGACUCACGGCGGAGCUGGCACGAAGAGAGCAGCUUCGAGAAGCAGCUGAAGCGCCGCAGCUGCCAGAUGGAGCUCGGAGACGGCGGCGGGCCGGCCCGGGAGGACGGCGCCGCCACGAGGAGGGGCUCAGGGUUCUCCAGCAGCAUGGAGGUCAUCCAGGUGUCCUGAGGGGGCGCCGCGCCGCCGGAGGGGGCGGGGAAACCUUAAAUAUAACUGUCCAGUGUGACUGAGCGGGUCACCGACCCAACAUGUUCUGACCAGACUUGUGAUGGACCCAAACCUCAGAACCUGGUUCUGUUCUGGACAAGAGGUUCCACCAGGAGUGGUGCUGAGCCCGCCAAGGUCCAAACUGAAAAUGUGAAGUUUGUCUUCAGAUUUACCUCUGCUCAGGUUCUACUGCUGUUUCUGGUUCUGGUCCAGUUUGGUCCCCUUGUCUCUUGUGGGUCAGACAGUCUGGACACCAUGCUGGUUCUGGUCUGUCACCGAGCCCUGAAACAGCGUUCUCUGUCUGGAUGUGGAUCUGGGAGAAGGUGUCCUUCCCUGGGUCGGUUCUGGAGGGACCAGUUGAGAUCCAGAACCGGGUCGGUGGUGGGAAGAUGUAGCAAAAUGUUGAGUUCUAUAAGGUGUGGCUGACCGGCGUUUGUGGUUCUGUUUGAUCUGCUGAGUGAUCCAUGUUCGGAUGAUGUGAUGGUUCUGAUGAGUCCAAUAAAGUCUUCCUUUCCGGUC